GCUUUCCGUCCGACAAUCCAGGAAGUGAGCAAGCUGGAGCGAAUCUACUGGCGAAAUACAUGUUUUCGUUCUUACCUUGGACUAAAGUCUAGUCUACAAUGUCUGGAGGUGUUCAGUUGGAGAAUGCAAACCCUGUGGUCUUCCAGCGCUCCGUAGAAAGGCUGCUGACAGCCUCCGAGGAGGAUGAAGAUGUUUAUGACCCCAUCGACGACAGAGAAAUAUUUGAUCUAAUCCGGUCCAUCAAUGACCCUGAACAUCCUCUGACCCUGGAGGAGCUCAACGUGGUGGAACAAGUUCGAGUCAAGGUUCAUGAUGCAGAGAGCACUGUGAGUGUCGAAUUUACCCCCACCAUACCUCACUGCAGCAUGGCAACCCUCAUUGGACUGUCAAUCAAAGUCAAGCUGCUGCGCUCCCUGCCCGACAGGUUCAAAAUUGAUGUUUGCAUCACUCCUGGGACUCACGCCUCAGAGGAAGCAGUGAACAAACAGCUAGCAGACAAAGAGAGAGUGGCAGCAGCUCUGGAGAACUCGUCUCUUCUGGAGGUGGUCAACCAGUGCCUGUCCACCAGGAACAUCUGAACAUCCUGUCAUGGCUUAUUGUUGUCUGUUUUCUUUUUAUUUGCUGUAAAACUGAACAUCCGGACAUUUUCGGUCUCUAUUUUCAAAUCAGAUGUGUCUCAUAUAUCUGUCAUCUGCAGCUGCAGAUGUACUCGGAGCACACCAAAGCCCCGAAAAGUUUCAGUAAACUGAGUUUAGGCUUAAUAGCAAAUUAUGUUUUUUUUUUUCUCAAUCUGUAUUGUAAUGUACUUUUUUAAACAGAUGAGAAAAUAUCUGGGGAGUUAGCAGCAUCGAAUGUAAUUUGUAUAUAAUACUAAUGCUUUUGAAGUUUUAAUUAAAAAAAUAUAUUGGUCAGUACUGAUCUUUAUUUUAUUUGACAUAA